AUGUCGAACUCUGCCGCUCCUCUUAUCGUCCACCACCUCAACCACUCGCGCUCGGCGCGCAUUCUCUGGCUUCUGGAAGAGCUGGAAGUGCCGUAUGAGAUCAAGUUCUACAAGCGCGGGGCCGACAAGCGCGCACCGAAGGAGCUCCGGGACAUCCACCCGCUCGGGAAGUCACCUGUUAUCACCCACGGCGAUGUGACCGUUGCAGAGAGCGGCGCAAUCAUUGAGUAUAUCAUCCGCAAGUUUGGUAACGGCAAGUGCCGCCCUCCGGCUUCGGGCGAGGUCGACGACUUGUACUUCUCCCACUAUGCAGAAGGAUCGCUCAUGCCACUCGUGGUGAACAAGUUCAUCUAUAGCCUUGUACCUGGACAGGUGCCUUUCUAUAUCCGACCCCUCGUCAGCAUGGUCACUGGCCUGCUCGACGCUCAACUUUGCAACCCGGGCCUGAGGAAUCACAUUAAGCUCAUCGAAGGCCACCUUGCGAAGAAGGGUGAUUGGUUCGCCGGCGGAGAAGGACCCACGUCCGCUGACUUCGUGAUGUGCUAUGGCGUUGAGGGCCUCGCGAGCUUCUUCCCUGACGAGGUUGGACCCAACACCAAAGCAUGGAUCGAGCGAGUGCAUAAUCGCCCCGCGUACAAGCGGGCUCUCGAGAAGGGCGGUCCAGACUCAGACGGACACCCAGAGUGA